AUGGCCGCUCCGCCACAGAAGAAGGCGAAGACGUCAGCUGACGCGCUCGGGCCCACGUUGAGAGGAACAGCCACUGGCGCAGUGCAUGGUGAUGCGCUCGCUCUGGAUGAGGGGGACGUACCUGCGUGGGCCUUCUCCUCUCUACAGGACGUGGCACCGCCACUAAGUGUGAGCACGACUUUCACGAAUCAAGAAAGUGGAGAGGGCCACGUCUACAGUCGCAUCACUUGCCCCACACGCAGCCGCUGCGAGCUUCUUCUGGGAACCUUGGAAGGGACGGAGGAGCAGCCUGCGCAUUGCGUCCUUUACAGUUCUGGAUUAGCGGCCGCCUUCGCUCUGUUCUCCCACUUUCUGCCGAAGCGUGUCUUUAUUUCGGGUGGCUACCAUGGAACACACCAAGUCCUCGCACAGCUUCAAAAGAUCUCUGAUGGAGCGCGCUUCAAGAAGGAGACCCUGCAGAGUGUAACAGAGAUUGGUGGCAGUCUUCAAUCUGGUGAUUUGAUUUGGUUGGAGACGCCGCUGAACCCAACUUGCCAAGUGGCAGACAUCAAAGCCUAUGUCGCCGUGGCAAAGACUGUGCCGGGUGUUCGUGUGGUGGUUGAUGGCACGUUUGCGCCUCCCCCCCUUCAGCGACCACUGCUGCUGGGCGCUGAUGCGGUGAUGCACGCGACCACCAAGGCGCUGGCUGGGCACUCGGACGCCCUGGGCGGCGCCCUGUGCGUGCGCUGCGCUGCGGAGGCGCAGCAGCUGCGGCAGGAUCGCAUGGCCCUGGGCUCGACACCUGGGAGUUUGGAGGUCUGGCUCUUGAUGCGCUCCCUUCGGACGCUUCAUCUCCGCGUGGAGCGGCAGUCCGAGACCGCUACACGACUGGCGCAGUGGUUGCAGCGCGCCACUGACGAUUCUUCGCAUGUCUUAUCCGGCUGCAUCCAUGCCGUGCACCACCCGUCGCUGACGCUCGAACCGCUGGCGACGCAGAUGCGCGGGGGUGGCGGGUGCCUGGCGCUGGAGCUCAGCAGCGAAGAAGCGGCCAAGGCGCUGCCGGAAGAGCUGCGGCUCUUCCGGGCUGCGACGUCCUUGGGAGGCGUGGAGAGUUUGAUCGAGUGGCGGCGGAAGUGGGACAGUACCAUCUCACCUUUGCUUUUGCGCAUUUCCAUUGGGUUGGAGGACUUUGAGCACCUCCGGGCCGACUUGGAGCGAGGAGUUCUGAGGGUGAGUGGGAAGGAGUAA